CUUCGUGCGCGGAUGCGAACCGGUGCCAAUACACAAAUACAUAUAUGUGUAUAUUUCACACAUCUAUAGGUUUUAGAUGCGUAUAUGCGCACAUGCAUGGCUCAAGACCCAGCCAAGUUACGGGGGACCAGUGUACAUCCAGCACCGAAGCCCACACCAAUCCGAAUGACGUGGUGCUCUGGUUUGCUUCCCGUUAUCGGUCUUGGUUUUGUUUUUUUCGUGUUGGGUUUUGCAUUCAAUUAUGCUUGCAAUUGUGCGACAUCUCAUGAUUACCUCAGACAGUUGAAGAUCACUCUGCCGUCGGGGGACCUCAGCGUCUUCACUCUUAUGGACACAGAUAUGAGUGGGACGGUGGACGCGGCGGAGAUCCAAAAGCUUGCGCAGUUGAUUAUUGAUCACGAAAACAGCCGAGGUGCUGCUCGUGUUGUUCUUGCGCACGGAUUGCCGGGUAGGAUUCGGCACCAGAGAUGUCGUUCGUGUUGCUGGUCAGCCGGCGCGAUUGUGUUCGCCCUGGUGGCGGUCACCUCGGCCGGCUGGCUCUUCGUUCAGGACGGCGCUGAUCCCCGCGUGCUGGGAUUCGGCCUCGUCUGCCUGCUUCCCGCCCUGUACUGUAUGCAGUUCGCCAUGAUCCACUCCAAGAUCGCUCGCAGGCUCGAGAAGCUCCGCUACGACUCUCAGUGGGCGAGAGGCUGAGCAGCGCGGUCGCCCGGCUGCCAGCGGCAGCGGGCGUCGGGGUCGGUGACUCCACCCUGUCCGUGCAAGAGGCUCUGUGCUCGAGUCUGCGUGCCGAGGGCACAGUGGGCGGCGGGGUCGCCCCACAAACCACAUAUUGUUUCCUCGAGGCCAUCCCUGUGAUCCAGUACAUCCUGCCGAGGCGCUCGUAUGGGUUUUCUGCUGCUCGCCAGACAGUCACAGUACAGAGCAGCGGAUAUCUGCCUCACCGCCCCCAUGGAGCCAUCAGUGCUGCUGCCGACAGGCAGGAAAAUGACGAGCGACUGCCGUGCAUAUCGUGUACGCGAUCGUAACAUGUCUCAUGUUGUGCAGUUGGCGAUGUGGCGUUUCAUCUGAUCUGACUAUCCUGCUGUAUCGUGGCAGUAAGUCGGAGCAAUCUUCGCCCACUGCCCAAGUCAUCGCGUAUCCCCGUCAGCCCAUCUGGAA